AUGAUAGAGCUUGGUCUGGCUCGAGUCUUCCGCCUGCUGGCACGCACACCUUUGCCAUGGCGAGCAAUACACGUUGCAGGUACCAAUGGCAAAGGCUCAAUAUGUGCCUACAUAUCUGCCAUGCUUACAGCCUACAACGCCUCACAACUGCGGACUGAAACUGGAAAGUCGCCGAUCAAGCACGGUCGCUUCACUUCACCACAUCUGAUAGAUCGAUGGGAUUGUAUCACAAUCGAUGAGAAGACCAUCUCAGAGGCCAUAUUCAGGCAAGUCGAAACCAAGGUCCUGGCACGCAACAUAUCCGAGAACAUCCAGGCAACGGAGUUCGAAUUGCUCACUGCGACUGCCUUCGAGAUCUUCACCUUGGAGAAUGUCGAUAUUGGCGUUAUUGAAGUUGGCAUGGGUGGUCGCCUUGACUCGACCAACAUCUUGGGUCAGACAUCCGAAUUCGACGAGCUUGAGCAAGGCAAACAGUCCAGACCAAAGCCGUUGGUGACAGCCAUCUCGACCAUCGCACUAGAUCAUCAAGGCUUCCUCGGAAAUACACUAGUCGAGAUCGCUACACAGAAAGCUGGAAUCGUAAAGCCAGGGGUAUCGCUGGUUCUGGCGAUGAACGACGAUGCCGUCACCCAACACAUCCAACAAUUAGCCACAAAAGCGGGUGUCACACAAAUUCUACACUCGAAAGACACAGCAGGAUUUGAUGUAACACGCGCCUCCAGUACGACUGAUGCUGUACAUGCCCGUCAACAGAACGGCGCUAUGGCCUUCACAAUCACUUGGCUUGCUCUCAAGCAGUUGAAUCGUCUUCCUUCUCCUCCUACUACACAAGGCGCUUGCGGAUCAUCCACAUUGCGCAACGAGAUACGUACAUCGCCUCUCACCACCCUGGCUUCUACGUUACGCGCUGUACCGGAGCAGGUUGUUUGGCCGGGUCGUCUUCAAGACAUUGAUCUCGCGCCUCUCACCAACUACAAACCUACAGCCCUACUCGAUGGCGCUCACAACGCCGAGUCCGCAACUGUUCUUGCCAACACUGUUCGCGCUCGUGUCGGUUCACACCCGGUAGUCUGGGUCCUCGCCGCUUCCAAAGGAAAAGACUUGGCAUCCAUGUUCGAGCUACUGCUUGCCGGAAGACUAGAUGAUGGUGUUGUCGCUACUGAGUUCGGAGCCGUAGAUGGGAUGCCAUGGAUUUCAGCAACAUCAGCUGCAGAUGUCAAGGCGGCUGCUGGAAGUAUACUGACCGCUGAAAACGUGGUUGUUGAGAAGGACAUCAGCGCCGCUCUAGAGAAGGCAUCGAGACUGGCAGAAGAGAAGGAUGCCCUGCUCGUUAUUGCCGGCAGUCUGUAUCUCGUUGGCGAUGUUCUUCGCUUGGUCCGCGAUAAAGGUGGGAAGAUCAAUUGA